AUGGUAAGUCAGGCGAUAAAAGGAGCUGAUCAACCACGAGCUCAAUGGUAUUGGAAAUCAAAUUCUGAUCCAUGGUCAACAAGUGGAAAUGAAGAAUGGACAAAAUAUUCUGAUAUCGAAUCAGCGAUUAUCGAAGAAGCAUUUAAUCAAAAGAAUAAAACAAAACUAGCUGAACUGGAUAAUUAUUCGAUUAACUUAAAUGAUUCCAUACAAAUCAGUAAAUUGGAUCCAAAUAAACAACGGCAAAUAAAACGGGACAUACAGGAACAGUUUCGUUAUGAUGAUCGUUAUUGUGAUGAUGAUGAUGAUCGUGAUGAUGAUGAUGAUGAUGAUGAUGAUGAUGAUGAUGAUGAUGAUGAUGAUGAUUAUUUUGGUCGUGAUCGUGGCGCUGAUUGUUUGUGA